GGCAAAGGCUCGGGUUCAUGACUGUGCGCGAGGACCCAUGGCUGUGACGACUUCGAACUGGGCCCCUGCUUCUCAAUCGUUAUUAUAAUAUCUUUGGUUGUUAGUCGAUUUUGCUUACAUAGCUUUUACAUGCGCACAGAGCAUUCAAACAAUUUUGGCAAAAGUUGCGUUGCUCAGCACGACGAAGGGAUUGCCGGCAUUGUAAACUAUAUCAGCCUCGUAGUGAAUUGCAGUGCCACAAGCGAGGGGCGCAUUCGGUGUUUCUUGCAGUCGCGCAUUGGAUGGCCUCGGUGUUCGCAUAGCUGCGCCGACAGCACCGAUGGCCCUAGUUAGCGAUGACCUUAAUCGGUCGCUGCACAGCGCCGGGACGGAUGGGCGGUCGACUUCCAUCCCCGGCUCGCGCGGUGCUUCGCGCGAGCGGCGGGCAACGUCCUCGCGCGAGUCUUCCGACCUUCCACGCUACUUCAUGCAAAUUGGUCAGGACAUCAAGCGCAGCCGAGCGUACCAAAUCAUCCAGGAGCUGCAACUGAUGGUGUGUAGCCGUGACAACGGCAUCCGCGGCAACGCCGCCCGCGCUCGGACCAUGGUGCUGUUAAAAGAGGUGCAGGGCGUGCUGGUGGGCUUGGAGAACAAGAUCGACUCCCAGACCUUUGACCUAGGCGUGCUCAACGUGGAGCGGACGGAGCUGCGGAAAGAGCUGCGCGACGAGAAGGCGCGCGAGCAGGCGCCCUUCCACACUAUCGACUUCCGCACCACGGAGGUCCGCGAGCUGCCGCACAAGCUACGCACGCUGUUUGAAGACAACCAGCUGCUUCGCGAGCAGGUGCGCAGCCUGCAGUACGCGGUGCGCAGUGCCGAGUCGCGGCUGGAGGCGGCGGAGCGCAAGGCGGCGGCGGCGGAGCUGGACAACGCACACCUGGCCGUCGCGCUGCGGGACGCCGGCAGCAGCCCAGACAUGGCGGCGGCCAUGCGGCAGCAGCAGGAGGAGGCGCGCGCCGCGCAGGCGCGUGUGUCGCAGCUGGAGCAGCAGGUCGUGGCGCUGCUGCAGCAGCUGGAGGCAGACCGCGCCCUGGCCACACAGCAGGCGCAGCGCGCCGCAGCACGGCAGGCGGCGCUGGAGGCCAAGCUGGGUGCGGCCCUCGGCCGCGCCGCCGCCACACGCCUGGACGCCGCCGGUGGCGGCGGCGGGAGCGGCUGGAUGGAUGAGGAGGAGGAGGCGGAGUAUUGGGGCCGCGGCGGGACGGUGGGGCGCGACGGCAGCCCCGGCGGGAGGCAGCGCUCGCCUGCGGGAUUCCAGCGCACGUACGCGGCGGGCGGGCUGGGGAAGUCGCAGCGGCGCGGCACGUCGGGGCGGGACCGGUCGCCGGGCAGCCCACCGCGCAGCCCCACGGGCCGCAGCAUCAGCCACUCGCCGGGCAGCACCAUUCCCACGCUCUACCCCAGCUUCAACAUGAAGCCGCGCGCGCCCCGCGGCUUCACAGCCGACGCCCCCACCUGGCACGGCAACACCGGCGGCGCAGCGGGUGCAGGAGCGGCGGGCGGGGCCGCCAGCCCGCACCUUCCGAACCUGUCGCCGCCGUCGCCGAGCGCGGUGGCGCCGGGGCUGGCGCGGCCGCCGAGUGCUGGCGGCGGCGGCGGAAUGUACGGCGCCGGGGGAUUGGAAAUGCUGCAGGAGGGGCGUGCCGGCUCACACACGUCGUCGCACGGCACCGCCACCGGCCCUGGGGAACAGGUGCGUGCCAUCAACAGCACUGCGGUGCUCACCAGCCGGCAGCUACUGCCGAGCGUCAGUGGCGGCUCUGCCAAUGGCGGCGGCGGCGGCAGUAGCAGCCAUGGCGGCGGCGGCGGCGGCGGCAGCGCGACAGGCAUGCGCCAGCCGCCGCACACGGGCGGCGGGCCGGGCAUCCUAGGGCUGGCAGUGAGCGGCAGCAUUCGGCGGGCUAGCAGCAGUAGCAUGCAGGGUGGCGGCGGCGGCGGUGGCGGCGGGGCGGUGGCGGCUGUAGCAGGCGGGAGUGGCGGCGGUGGCGGCAUGCAGGUGCUGAGCAGUGAAACGUCGGGUGUGCGGCCGCCUGUGAGUCGGUCCGCCAGCAACACGAGCACAGCUGCUGCUGCAGCAGCUGCUACAGCCGGGGUGGCGGCGUCAGGGGGCUCUGUGGCGGGGUCAAGGAAGGGUUCUACGUCGGGGGCAGCUGCAGGGAAUGCAGGCGCCGCGGAGGGUGGGGGUGGAGAUGCGGAAGAGGCGGCCGCGCCUGUUGCUGAAGAGGUCGCGGCGGCGUAGGGAACAGGUAGAGACUUGGAGACACCUGAAGGUCAGAAAGCUGAGGGCUGAGAUAAUACCAGUGUGCGUACAAGGAGCUCCACAUGCUGUGUGGCUGUUUGCAUGGGCGGCAGGGGGGUAAGAGCUUUCCAGUUCCAUUCAGAGGGAUGGGCUCUAGCCUGUAGGUACUGGCAGGAGCCGUGUGCGACGACGGUGUGUGCGAGAGCCGAUUCAUACUGUAUGCAAUACCUCGGGAGUUCAGUGGCAUGGAAUGACAGAUAUGGAACAGGUUGGAACAGGUUGGGACACGAAUGACCGGGUUUCAUCGCUUGCGUCAUAACGUGUGGUUACAAUGUGGUAGGCCGGCCUUCAUUAGCUGAUAGAGGUUACAUGUGGGACGACAGCCGUGGACUAGCCAGGGCCCCAAAAACGUACGAGACACGCACGCUCACCCGAGGAGAGAUCCCCGAAUGACCCCCAUGCUCCUCGCCUCCGGAGAGGGGAGGAACCCCAGGCCCGGCUCACCGCAAACGCUAGCGCUGCUCACCUAAGCCGUGGGUCGGCGUCAUAAGACUACCUCUUGCGAGUCCCUAAGCUGACAAGCUAGGGUGAGGCCGGUGGCGAGUCCGCUGUUGGCCCUACCAAGAUAACCCCUCCAACAUCAUCUGACGCUAGGAAUGGGUGCUGGUUCGGGACAAGGUCCCAGCGGCGCGGAGGCCGACGCAGACUCACAAACGCAGCUAGCCGUGACCAGAAGUCCGCAAUCACCUCCACACCGAUCCUUCGCACAACAGCAACCUCCGCAGUCCGGUCUGCAGCAUCACGGCAAGCGUAAAGGCGCUGUCGGCCGUAUUCCA